CACAACCCUGCAUUCAGUAAAAUUGAGGCCUAGCAUAAAUGAUGCACAUGCACGUAAUCAUUAAAAUAUUCAGAGCUUAUUGAUUUCCACCUAUCAGAGCCUCAGUCCUAGUCUGACUCUCCUCUCUGUUUCUAUAAAGCUGACAACUGCUGGCUGAGUUACUGUAUUAGUAGCUUACAGGUGCUGCAGGUAUAUUUAAGCAGCUAUUUCUAACGUGCAAUGAUCACGAGGCGGUUAGGUGUGGUGUUCGUGUGGGGCUGUUAUGGUCUUCUUUUUAUAAGUAGUUUUUCAAUGCUGGUUUACAGGAAUCUUCACUCUGAAGCUGAUGAAAGCAAAAAAGCACCUGAUUCCUGUCAAGUGGACCAGUGUGCAGAUAUGGAGAAACGUACAGACAAGAAGGAGCUUGUGAACGACAAGAGCACCUGGACAUCUGGGGCUCAGGAUGAUGCUCUCGGUCGAACACCUAUCAAAAUUAAACUGCAUGACCUCAAGUCCCGGACGUGGCGUCUUGAAGACACUUUCGGUGUAGAUCUGGACACUGUUAACAAGGUACUUGUCAUGGCCAUUACCAUUGUGGUCAUCAUCUGUAUUGAGGGAUGGUCAAAGGUUUCCUGGUUUGUCCAGUUUUGGAGAAUGUUUGCUGUAUGCUUCUUAAUCAGUCUAGUGUGGAACUGGUUAUAUCUCUACAAGACAGCCCUUGCUGAACACCAGGCCAAAAUGCUUAAGUGGGAAAAUAUGAUGGAUAAAUGCACUGGAGGGCAGAAAAAUGGCUGGUGGGAUGAUUUCAAAGACUGGUAUCGGACCACAUGGACUUUACAGGAUGAUCCUUGUAAGGAAUACUUUGAGCUCCUGACUGUGCAUCCAAUUCUGCAAGUGCCUCCGACCAAGGUUAUCACUGUUACCCUCACUACCCUUUUUACAGAUCCUCUGAUACAUAUAGGACAAGGCAUUAGCGCGUUUCUCAGGGCCUUACUAAAAGACUUGCCCAUUACACUCCAGAUACCUCUGCUUAUUUUAUUUGUGCCCUUCAGCCUGGUGUUUUUGUAUGGUGUUGGUCGAGCAGUAGUUCUGCUGCAUUGGAGCCAGCAAGGCCGAUAUCAAGAUCCUCCACCUGCCGUUGCAGAUCAGCCUGAUGCUCCUCCCAAUAGACUGAACAGAGUGAAGGAGUGGACGUCUGUGAAAACCCUACGAAUGCGGAACGCCUUUACAGCAUGGAUGAGACAGACACUUGGAUCAUCAUACCACAGAAAAGUGCACACCAACAACAUCUAA